AUGGAACUGAACCGAAUCAUCACCAAGGAAGAAUCGCUGGAACUCGUUGCCGAGGGCUUUACCCCAAUCCAUAAACUCCCUUCCGACUAUCUUCCCGCCUGGAUGAAAGAGGCUAUGAAGCGGAAUGGAGUUGUCCGCAACGAAAAAGGUGUGAUUGGUGGUCAUAAAUAUUCAACAACGAUUGAUGUUGAAGCCACAAAAGAAGAUUAUCGCGACGGUUUCUAA